AUGACGACAGCCUCUUCCGUGCCUCCGCCUACCGUGAGGCAUGAAUCCAAUGCCACUGUGACGAUGGGCUAUAGUGCUGUGAGCUUUGUGCCCACGGAGCACGUGCAAACCGCUGUGAGCGACUAUGGUGACCAUAUUGUCAUUGACACGAUCAUUCCCCCCAGUCGCUAUCUGCCCCCGACCCUGUCUGUGGCAAAGCUAGCAGGACAAAUCCAAGAGGACCUCGUGCAUGAGCUGGAGCGUCUUGGUCUUGGUAUGGGUUCUCGUAUUGCUUCUGUGGCACAUCCUCGCAGCAAAGAAGCUGAGGCGGAGCAGUUCAUUCGUGGUCCAGGCGGACAGCUUUUGGAUCCGGCCCUGCUUCCGCAAAACUCGGAGCACUUUGCACGCGCACGUUUGGGUGUGCGUAGUCUUCGUGGUGAACCACUUUUGACGUACUUCCCGACCCCGAAGGGCGCAGAGCCUACCAAGGUCAAUGGCAGUGUGACGACUUGCCCCUGUGUUUGCUGCCGCAGUGGAUGUACAGGCGCUGACCCUGCUACAGGCCGUUUGCCUCUGCUGCCAGAAAUGAUGGCUAAAGACCAGUACGGUAAUGUUCUUGUGGACGUGCCAGGUGGUUCCGCCUUCACGGAGUCGACACCUACAGCUACGGCUGUGCCCCCGGCCGCCACAGCUGCUGCGGGCAGCAAGGCGGCCACGCUCGGUAAGCCAUUUGAUGAGGCCAAGCGUUCCCAGGUGCAGCCGACAUCUAGCGUGACGCCUGUGCCUGUCGCCGUGCCCACGCCAGCUGACCAGGCUGCGACGCCAGCUGCUGCUGCUGUCUCUAGCAGGACGCCACAAGCACCUCAGACUAUGCCAUCCUCACGUCCUGCCAACCACUUGCAUACGGCGAAGUCUAUGGGCGAUCUGCUGAUGGCAUCGUCGUCGGAGGUCCCACCGCUCCCCAAAGAUGCUGCACCUUCUGUGCCCAACAAGACGUCUCGCCUUACGGUGCGUGCCUCCCCGCUUAUGGCCUCCUCCAAGUCAACAGGAAAUACAUCUGUAUCUACGCGUCACACGGAGUUGCCCUCGACAAAGCAGCCCACGACGCGGGCAGAAAAGGGUAUGAGCGUAUUUGCACCACUGCAAGUCUCCAACGAAUUUGAGGAGGCGUUGACACUACACGAUCUCUCUUCGCUUUCUCUCUCGCCUGAUAUGGGUCGUCGUACACCGCCACUUUCGAGUCCGUCGUCGAUUGGCUCUACACCUCGCAUACCUGACGCGCGUCGUGCGGAUGGCUCGCCCCCAGAGAGUCUCCUGCCUGACCCCUCUGUGACGCCGAUUGCGGCCCGCUACAGCCGAUCGGCCUCAAACCUGCGUCAGAAGGCACGUGAGCAGGAACUGCCGCCGCUGCCGCCACUGCCGAAGGACUUGUCGUCUCCGACGCUGAGCAGCGUGCAAGACACCAUGCCUGUAUCGCGUGUGCGUAUUGUGCCGAAUCCGUCUCCUUUGAUGCCGUCGAAUUCCUUUGGCUUUGCUGGCUGA